GCUAGUGUUUGCUCACUGGGCUUCUCUGUUAUUGCAUUAGUGUCUCGUGGGCGCUACUGUGAGCUCACAUCACAAAUCUCAGAGGGCGCUCUUUUCUCUUUUAGUUCAGUGAAGAGUCUGUUCUCUUUCUCUGUGAUGUCAUGGCUCUGAAUGAGUCUGGCCAGGAGGACGUUCUGAUCGCUCACCAGCAGAUGUUCCAGGUCCAGCUGACAGCUGAGGGACCGCUGACCAAACUCCUGGUGGCCGUCUUCAUGUCGGCCCUCUUCAUCUCCAUCAACAGCAUCAUGUUCGUCACACUGCGGAGCAAGGCUGUGUUCAGAGACACCCCUCGCUACGUGCUCUUCGCUCACAUGCUCUGCAACGACUCCAUCCAGCUGCUCUUCUCCUCACUGAUGUACAUCAUUUCCUUGUGUUAUGUUCAGGUGGCCAAAGCCGUGUGCUCCAUUUUAAUCCUAGUGACUGCCUCCACGUCACGAAACGCUCCCAUAAAUCUAGCUGUGAUGUCCCUGGAGCGUUACGUGGCCAUUUGCUUUCCUCUGCGACACGGUGAGAUUGCCACCAAGAGGAGAACGGGUGCUGCCAUCUCUGUCAUUUGGUUCUUUGGGGCGGUAAAUCCUGUCAUCGACAUUCUCUACACCUCGUCCACCGACCCCACAUUCUUCAGCGAGCGCAUGUUCUGCACACGGGAGAGAAUAUUCACAGCGCCAUGGCAACGGGAGCUGUUUGAGGGCCUCAAUGCCUUCUACUUUGUCGCCGUGACGCUGAUCAUUGUCUUCACCUACAUCAGUGUGAUGGUUGCAGCUCGAUCUGCCUCCAGUAAUAAAGAAUCGGCAAAGAAAGCCCACAGGACUCUCCUGCUGCACCUCAUCCAGCUGGGCCUGUGCCUUAACACACUGGUGUUCGGCAGCAUAGAGAGGCUUCUGGCUAUGACCAGCAGCAGUCGUCUGUUCAUGGACCUGCGCUACGUCAACUUUCUCCUUGUUCUCAUUCUGCCUCGGUGCCUGAGCCCCCUGAUCUACGGCCUGAGGGAUGACACUGUGCGGCCCUUGUUCUUGUUUUAUUUACAGUGUAGCACGCACAGAGUCAAGCCUAAUGUCAAUAUGCACUGACUAACAUUCUAAGGCUAGUAUUUAAUGCUCUAUUUCACAUAAAAGCUAUAAUUCGCUGAUAGUAGAUAGAAGAAAGCUUGCAGUGGUGGCCAGGAUGGGAGACAGUGAACAGGUUUUCAUGUCAGACAUGGUUGAUGCACGUAAGCCACCACGUUUUUUUUCUUCUUUCUUUUGUUUAAAUGUUAUUUUUAUACUUGUACUCUGUUUUGCUAGUUCAUUUGUCUCAAAAUAGAAACUUGUCUCUAACCUCUGACAAUAGAAAAACAAAUCAAAUGUGAUAAGAUCAAAGUGAUAUGCUUUUGUUUUGCUUUGCUUAGGGAGCCUAUUAGCCGAUUGCUCUGUCCAAAAUGACUCUGUUUUUAAUACAUAUUAUUCGAUCUCAUUAUAAUCUUAUUAAUUAUUUUAAAUUAAUUUAUUAUCUUUUUUG